AAACUAUAUUGCCUAUAAGACAUUGAAGAAGCUUAUUAAAAAGGCCGAGGAAACAAAGUCACAAUAUGAUUAUUCAACCGAUGAUAAUAUUAUCGCUUUCUUCUUUUUGCUCGAUCGCGAGCUGGAGAAGGUCAACGCGUUUUUCUUGUAUAAACGCGCCGAGAUAGAAAGAAGGUUAAGAAUCUUAUCCGAAAAAUAUUGUUACCCUCAUAGCAACGGUCAGGAUGAUCCGGCGAUGGGUUUUAGAGAAUUAGAAAAUGGAAUAUCGAAUUUUAUUCCUAAUACGGAAAUAGACUCCGAAUUAUUACCAGUAUUGUUAGAAACCAAAGAACAGAUUAACAAGAUCUUCGGUUUUGCAGACAUAAACAAGAAAGGAUUCGAUAAAAUUUUGAAAAAGUUUGACAAGAAAUUAGGAGGAGAGGCUCAGAGACUUUAUUUGAAUAAUAAGGUAAAUGUCCUACCAUUCGCCUCGAGUUCUAUGUUAGGAGAGGUCUUGGAUUUAAUUGAACAAUGGAUCGUAAAAAGUGAGAAGGUUAAUCAUUCCGGAAGUGAAUCUCGAUCAAAGCCCAGUACAGGAUUGACCGAGGAGCACAACAAAAUAUUACUCGAUUCUAUCGAAAAGGACGAUGCAAAUUCUUUGCAGCAAUUGAUAAAUAAAGUCACAAUGGAAGCAUCUAUCCAAAGUUCUUCAAUGAAAAGGAUGUUAACUUCAAUGCUUCAUCAAGCAUCAUUUUAUCGAGCUCCCAAUUGCAUCAGACUGCUCUUAAAAAGCGGCGCGGGUAUUAUUGAUGAGGAGGAGAUAAAUCAACGCUCUUUGGUCCACAAAUUAGCAAUGCAUGGUAGAUGUUUGCCGGCAGAAAAGGGUUUCCAGUUGAAUGAUUUGACAUCGGACAUGCGAUAUUCUCAUACUUCGUUAUCAUUCACAAAUAAGCGAGAAAACUGUGUCGAAAAUGUAUCCGAUAUAUCUGUUCCUGAUGCGGAUGAUCCAGAAAUAAUUUCUAUCAUUCUUGAACAUCUUCCUCCCACGGAAUGUUUUCAAGCGUCGAUGCCUGAUGUAUUCGGUCGCCGUCCUCUGCAUUACUCGGCAAUGAACGGAUUUUUAAGGAUUACGAAAAUUUUAUUGGAAUAUUUAAUAAAGACCAAACAAUUAGAUAAAUUCGAAGAUCCCGCGUGGUUCGACAACGACGGUUAUACGCCAUUCUUCUAUGCGGUGUCACGUGGUCAUACGAAAGUCGUGGAGUGCAUCAUAGAAGUCUGUCGGAUAAAAAGUGUCGAUGUGGUUAGCAAUGAGUCUACUUCGUUAUCAGGAAUAGUUAAUACACCAGCUGUUCCUACUGUUGCGGCCGCGCAGCAGAUUCUCAUACCGUCUUCUUACUAUACUUCUCACAAUACUUUUGCUCAUAGUUAUGCGCAAACUCCACUAGCUUUGUCAUGUAGAUUGGGGCAUUGUGAAAUGGCGAGAUUAUUGUUGUCUUACGGUGCGAAUCCUGACGUACAGGAUGAAGAAGGAGAGACUGCGCUGCAUUUGGCGGCAAGGAAUGGCUAUUAUGACUGCGUAAGAAUUCUACUCGGAUUAGAUCGUUCGGAUGAACAAUCGCAAUCAAGGAUGAAGAAGGCUAAUACUGAAAUUAAGGAGAAGUUUUAUGGUUGGACACCAUUGUUCUUAGCGGCUGUCGAUGGGCAUGCCGAGACUGUUGAGAUAUUGAUUCAGGCUGGUGCAGAUGCAAAUGUCUUCGAUUCUCGUGGGUGGACUCCUCAUAUGCACGCUAUUUUUCGGGGCCACAUCUUUGUGAAGAAUAUAUUACAACCCCUUACAUCUCCUUACGAAUUAGACAACUUUACGCCUAUGCCCGCAGAUGGCGAUGUUAAAUCUUCCGUUAUCGAAUACGGUCACAAAUACCUUCAGGAUCAAUCGUUGCUAUUUGUUACUCUUGGGUCAACCGAUGCACGCAAAUCUGUGGUUCCCGUUAAAUUAGAUGCGAUUAUUGACCUUCCUCUUAAAGAUAAUUCAGAAAUUGAUCAGCUAGCAUUUUACAUUCCUCAUAAUGCUGACAACGUUACUUUGUCAUUUGACAUAUUGCCUACAUUUAGGACAAAGAAACAAUUGAUUGGGAAAGCUACCUUUAUAAUUUCAUCGUUAAUGGGUUCUGCGACUGUCCCUAUAUUAGGCACACGCGAUCUUGAUGUUAUUGGGAUAAUUGAAUUUGAAUUUUUUGUUGUCAAUCCAUUUAAUCACGCCAAACUUUCUGUCGGAAGUAAACACACUUACUGGAAAUCGAUGACAACACAAGUUAUCGGUCAUCGCGGUAUGGGUGCAAAUUCGGCUGAAAAGCCGAAUUUGCAACUUGGCGAGAAUACCUUAAUGAGUUUUAUAACUGCGGCCUCCCUCGGGGCCGAAUACAUUGAGUUCGAUGUCCAGCUUACGAAAGAUCACGUCCCAGUGAUUUAUCACGAUUGGACAGUCACCGAAACUGGUUACGAUAUCCCAAUGCAUUCCAUGACAUUGAAACAAUUCCAAAAACUCAAAUAUGCUCAUACUCGGCUUGAAGAAAUUUUAACUCAAGAUCGAAAUAUUAGAGACGAAUUUCAGCAUUCUGCGUAUCAUUUCGAUUCAAUUGGUGUGGAAGGUGUUCGAAAAAUAAAUAUGGAAAAACUAAAACGAUCCAAUAGUGAAGGUUCAAUUAGUCCUUAUUCGCAGAAUCAGUUAGUAAAAGAUGGGAAAUUCAAAGGAAAUGGUGUCGGAACAAUCCAGGCACCUUUUGCAACCUUAGCUGAGACGUUCCUGAAAGUGCCAUUAAAUAUUGGCUUCAAUAUAGAGGUCAAGUAUCCGAUGGUAGACGAAAUUGAGGAUGACGAUCUACCAGCAUUUGGUGAUAUCAACUUCUUUCUGGACACUAUUCUUCGUCACACCUAUGAAAACGCACAAGAUCGAAAGAUCAUCUUUUCAUCAUUUCACCCAAACAUUUGUUUAGGGCUCUCUUUUAAACAGCCAAACUAUCCGGCAAUUAGAUUUGCAAAACUUGCAAAUCUUUUGGGGAUUGUCGCCAAGGUCAAUCCAAUUAUCGAAGCACCAAAAUUGGUGAAUGCUGUUAGGGAAGCGGGAUUAUUGAUGUUCACUUAUGGUGAUUCAAAUAACGAGGUAUCUAACGUGCGAUUGCAGAGAAAAGCCGGUGUAGAUGCUGUUAUUGUGGAUUCUGUGUUAGCAGUUAGAAGAGGGUUGCAACAAAAUGAAUAA